AUGCAUCAAGGACGCUAUUCCUCAUCGGCUUUACUGUUGCUCUUUGCUUCCAUCAUGGUUGGAUUUGUUGCACCGCCUGUAGUUGCUGCCGAAACUCACGUAUCCAAAUCGAAGGAGGAAGCCCUGGCCUACUGCAACAACAUUAAACCGAUGAUCGAAGGUGAAAUCUCUCAACAAGCCAAGUACACCCAUGGUGUAGUGUAUCCUGAUCAACAAGGGAACGAUGUUUUCUACAAUUGUGGCUAUGAAAGAGUAGAAGAAACCGGCAUUAAUAGGUCCAAGAAAGAUUGUAAAAAGGCCUCGAUGAAAUACAAGGAUACCCCAGACCCAAACUUACGUUACGAAUGCCUUUGGGAUGGUAGAUGGGCUUUUGUAAAAUGCGUCCAAGGAGAAGAUCGUCUAUUUUGUAUACCUCUAGAGCUUGAGGAGUAUCUACAGAAGCAUCCAGAGCUUCUUCGUACUUUGGUUGGGCGACAAUUCAGGUCUGAUGAUGUUUUCGAGAGUCUACAGGAGGCUUCUGAAUCGUAUAACAACACGCGAGAAAAGCUGCGCAAGAUCUUACGUCGCGCAUUAAUCUAUUACCAUGGCUCCAAACAGAAGUUGGUGGAUGGAAUUAACAGCUUUUUCGGUACACAAACCAAUUAA